AUGCAGAACCUAAUGGAUGGCAAAGGCUACUGCGACUUCAUGGACCAGUUGUCCAUCCGUGGCGACACCCAGUGCAUGCCGCUGACCAGGUCUUUCUGUGUAGACCCCAUGGUUACGUUUCACGUGUACCCAGAAACAUCAAACCAGGUCACCUGCUCUGAGGAUUUGUCAUUCGUUCCCUUUGGGCCAGAGCAUCUCAUCACGGAAAGCUUCUACAACGAGUCCUGCACCUUUCCCUAUCAACUCCCCUGUUCCAGCUACGGCAGAAGCGAGUACUCCUACGGGCCAGCGUUCAUCAGAAAGAGGAAUGAACGGGAAAGGCAGAGGGUUAAGUGUGUCAAUGAAGGAUAUGCCAAACUGAGGCACCACCUCCCUGAGGAAUACUUGGAGAAGCGGCUCAGUAAAGUAGAGACUCUCCGUGCUGCCAUAAGAUACAUCAGCCACCUACAGUCUGUUCUGUACAAUGAAGCUGCACUGCCAGAAAAAAGGAUCGUGGAACCAAGCCAAGCACCCAAAGCAACUAACAAGCAAAACCAGUUUUUGAAGACUAUCUAAGCUCUUCCAAAGCAAGCAAAAGUUAUCCUGCCCAGGAACCUAAUA